GGGGGCGGAGGUUAUACUCGAAGCACAUAAACAGUAGCACACAAAGCUCGUCAAUUGUUUGUCCUGACAAGAGUGAGGCAUAAUUCUUCAGCGCAAAUAUGGAGAUAGAAAACAAGAGGAAACUGAAAGAGCGUUGUGCCCUGAGGCGAAACAUCGCCAAAGAAUUUUUAGCAGAAUUUCUCGGGACAUUCGUAUUAAUUCUGUUUGGGUGUGGAUCCGUUGCCCAGACGGUGCUGAGUCGUGGGACACAGGGGGAGCUCUUGACCAUUCACAUUGGCUUCACUCUGGGAGUGAUGAUGGCUGUCUACAUUGCAGGGGGGGUGUCAGGAGCCCAUGUGAAUCCUGCUGUGUCUCUAGCCAUGGUUGUCCUGGGCAGGCUGAAGGUGGCAAAAUUCCCUGUGUAUGUACUAGCACAGUUCCUUGGUGCCUUUGCUGGAGCCACAGCAGUCUUUGGGAUGUAUUAUGAUGCCUUCAUGGACUACUCCGGUGGAGUCCUGACCGUGACUGGUAGCAACGCCACAGCUAACAUCUUUGCCUCUUAUCCAGCCAAACACUUAUCAAUCCUGAAUGGAUUCGUAGACCAGGUUAUCGGAACAGGUUCUCUAGUCAUGUGCAUCCUGGCCAUCCUUGAUGGGAAGAACAUUGGGGCGCCCAGGGGGAUGGAACCCCUGGUCAUCGGUCUGAUCAUCAUGGCGAUCGGGGUGUCCAUGGGUCUCAACUGCGGAUAUCCCAUCAACCCUGCCAGGGACCUGGGCCCCAGGCUCUUCACUGCCGUAGCUGGGUGGGGCAGAGAAGUCUUCAGUGCGGCGGGACACUGGUGGUGGAUUCCCGUGGUGGGGCCCAUGGUGGGGGGUGUGGUGGGAGCGGUGGUGUACCUCCUCUUCAUCGAGCUGCACCACACCGAGCCAGAGAAGCACCAGGAGGAGGAGAACAACGUCAAGGACAAAUACGAGAUUAUCACCAUGAGCUAAAGAGUACAGUGAAAGGUCGGGCUGUCUUCCCCUUUCAUGUUGCAGGACCAAAACAGACUAAAUUGUUGAGACAUUGCUGUUUGAGUUAUCCUCUCUCUCACCUUCCUUCCGGCCUCAUCCUCAGUGUGCUGUCUAGGGAAUUUUAGGCCGCUGGCCAGCCAUGACCAGGCUCCAGUCAUUGAUAAAACACUACAGUAUAGGCUAUUAUGUCUUCCCUGGUUUUCACACUAAGCAUUAUGUUAGCAUAGCUCUGGACAGCAGGAACAUAAAUGUAGUUCUAAAUCUGCAGGUUGUUCUGAGGCCACAAACAGGUAAAACUUUCACAUAAUGUUCCACCCACUGCUGCAGCUGCCAAGUUUGUUUGUAUGUAGGAACCUCUCUGAAGUAUUUAAAAAAAAACCUUCACAAAGCAUUUAUGAUAAAGGAGAAUAAAGAUAUGUUUAGACCCACUGGACAGUAAUAACACGAUCAUUGUCCUUCUAGAAGGUUCCAUCUUACACUUCAGCCAACCCUCUAUAUUUCACAGGUUUGGCAACAUUUCUUCCUGAAAUGAAUGACCCAAUACUCACAAGACUGGUGUAAGCAAAUGGAUGUUUCUACUCUGUGUAUUUUGGACAAGCCCUGGUGAAUUCUUUAAAUUCAGAGAAAUCAUCCGUAAUGUGUGUCAGCUAGACAUCUUUAAACAUCCGCUUCAUUUUACACUUUGAGCUUAGAGCUGCACUUCCCGCUACACAUAAGGUAUCAUACAUAUAUCACAUUUAAUUAACUUUAACAUUUUCUUUAAUGGAAGUGGAAAACACGAAGGCAGACCGUCUUGGAAUAUAUUAUGCAUGAGCAUAUCGUUUACAUAAUGGAACCAACAGAAUUAAAAAAGAAUUUAAAUCGAUAAAACAAUUAUGGUUGCCAGGAGUUCACCAUGGCAGUUUACGUAAUUACUCUCUGCCCCACUGGGGGAUUGAUAAUAGAAGUUGAUAAUGCAUGUCAUGUCCAAUAUUUUUUUUAAAGUAGUAGGGUACUCUGCUUCUACAGGUCAUAUUUAUUUGUGAGGUUUACAUGAGUAGGGACACGCAUGCAGUGAGCACAGACCCAAAUGUUCCUCAGAGCACUGAUUCUUUGUGCUGUCAUGCCGCCUGUAUGAUGCAGGGUUAGCUGGCUGCACCAGACCGGAAGAUUAGGAUUAUCUCGGCCCUGUCGCAGUGCUCCGGCCACUGGAACCUCACAGACACUCACUGAUACAAUCUGCAUGCCUCGCAGGUUAUUGCUACGUUCAACCGAAGCCUGUUAUCAUGGUGAAGUUGUUCAGCUACGGGUAAUGCAGAAAGGUGGAUUGAGGCGGGCUGGGAAGAUGAUCUGUGCCACAUUGUCCAGAAGAGUCUCCAAGCCAGCCUUAAAUCCAUUAGCUGUAAAAUGUAAUGCCCUUUUUUGUUUUGUUGCUGUGCCACCAGUGAGCUCAAUGUAAGUCUGAAUAUAAAAAUCGAUUAGUAUUUAUUAGCAGCUCUAAAAGCAACUAAAUUGGAAACUUUAGCUGGCACUUAGCUCUUGCAUGGUUGGUUUUGUUACAUCUUUGUUUUGUUUUGUUUUGUUUUUUUUUACAUGUAAUUUAAUUGCUUGAUGCUCUUCACUAAUUGUACAUUUUGUUUUUCUUUUUGUUUUUUAUGUCAAAGGCAUUUUCACUUAUAUUUGUUCUCUCUGAGUGACUCCAUACAUUUAGAGAAAAAACAUUUAAACAUAUUUAGCAAAAUUCCUUUGUUAUGAACGCCAAAUUAAAAUUGCAUGUGGUAGAUUUGCUGAAAUAAAGAUGAAACUUGUAUUUA